AUGCUGGCACUUCAACCGCCUGUCUCUGGCUCCGCGGUUGUCCCUCGACAAACUGAGCAUAACCAGCAACAGCACCAUCAGAACCCUCACCAGUCGUCGCCCCAAGAUUUCUCUACUAUUAUGCAGCGACAGCAACAGCAGCAGCAACAACUUCAACAACUUCAACAACAACAACAACAACAGCAGCAAACAAUGACACCGGUGAUUCAGAUUCAGUCGCUGAAUGACCCACGACAACAUGGCUCAUUCCAACUUCACUUGCAGGAGCAGCAACAAAUGCAGGCCCACCUUCAACUCCAGCAAAUGCAACAACAACAACAGCAACAGCAGCAACAGCAGCAACAACAGCGAGGAGGAGGAACGAGUCCGUUGGACAAACCUGUGUCACCGUGGAUGGUCAAUGACUUUCCUCCACUGCCGAGAACCGGACAGUCUAAUAUGAACCAGAGCCUCCUUUCUCAGUCAUUCAACCCAGUUCACCCUCUCCAGCAGCAACAACAAAUCCCUCGAUCUGUCUCGGCUUCCAAUGGCUUUCCACAGCAACAACAGCAACAGCAGCAGCAACAGCACCAGCACAACAUACAGAGCCAAUUACAUCUCAUGCAGCAGCAACAACAACAACAACACCAGCUCUCACACUUUCAAGGACUCGACGGAGGUCAAGGGAUGAACUCUCACUCGAUGAACUCACCUAUCGCCUCGGCACUCAUGGACUCUCCCGCAGCAAAUACUAUGCAUGCACAACAGCAACAACACUUUCAUGGACUGGGCCAGGACUCGCCCUUGGGUCCACUUGACCACAACAACAACCGCUGGAAUGACCCCGCCAAUAAUAACAAUAACAAGGGUCCAGAAAUGUUCCACAUUGCUUCGCCGCCUUUGACGCCUUCGGGUGUGAUGGCUCGGUCGCCCAGUUCUUAUAGCACGUUUGGGAUGAACAACAGUGUCAAGCGACCACCUCUUUGGCCCAUGGACCGCCCUAUCGUCCUGCCCUUCCCUCGCCAGGCACCCACGCCUUUGCAGUCGUCUAAAGCUGCCAACCUCCAACACAUCCCAUGCAAGUUCUUCAAGUCUGGAGCCUGUACAGCAGGCAAGAACUGCCUCUUCUCACACAGUCGAGACCCACCAUCCGAAAACUUUGUCUGCAAGUACUUCCUCAAGGGAAACUGCAAAUUUGGCGCCAAAUGCUCACUUUCGCAUUCCUUUUUGGCUAUGGACCGCAAGACGUCGGCGCUCAUGCCAGGAGCGGGAGUUGGGGGCAGUCUUGGUCGGACUCGGUUGGAACGACGGGCGUCUAGCGGUGCUAUUUUGAACAAUAACCUCUGGCAGCAGCAGCCGACGAUGACGACCGAGCCUCUUUCGCCUCCUUAUGGAUCUUCGCUCCAACAACAGGCGCUGCAGUUGAACAACAACAAUGUCGAGUUUACGAUGAGUCGGUCGCCAAGUCAGCCGGGGUUCAUGAGGCCAACACUGACCAGGACUACGUCAGAGAACAUGCGAAAUACGCUGUACAUGUCGCAGGAUAGCACUACAGGAAUUCCAUGUUCACCUUUCUCACCCGAUGAUGAUAUUACCAGUCCUGAUAGCAAUGGCGAGCGCAACAACAUCAACAACAACACGUCUUUUAGCCCAUUUGGACCCUUAGAAAGCAGGAUGCGUCAGCAUUUGGCAGCACCAUUGCCAAUUCGCCAGCGUUCACUACCUGACAUCUUUCGAUUGGCACCACUAUCACACGAAGGAAGCGCCCUGCCCACUUCGCCAUUCUAUCAACCAGGCAACAAGGGUCUCUUCCUCUCCGUCUCCUGUGAGAGCGACACCAACCCCCCUUCUUCAUCUCCACUUCGCCUUCACUCCAUCCCCGAAAUCCACGGAAUCUACAACAACAGUGGCAACAAUACUCAAAUGAACAGCGGUCCCAUGAUGCAACGCCGUGCAAGCACCGUAGAAUUCACCGACCUGCACGAAGACGAGUUCUCCGAUCUGGACGACGACGAGGAUACAGGCGACCAAGGGAUCUUGCCCUCGUCCCUCAACGAUCUGUUGACGACCCAGGAGCGCCAGCGCCGACAGAGCAGGCAGGAUGAUAUUGAACCUCGGUCGUCGAAUAAUAUGUUUCCUUCGCCGGCUUCGGGUUCCUUGCGUGAUGAUAAGGAUGAUGACGAGAUCCGAUUUGCCUUUAGCAACCAUUCCUUGUCCACCUCAGGCUCUAACACACAGUUCCCUCAAGCAGUUUACGGCGACCACCAACAGCAGUACCACCAGCAGCAGUACCAUAACCAACAGCACGGAGGGCUAGAGAUGCUCCACUCUCCUCAUGCAAUGCUCAUCCCAUCCUCCUCCUCCUCUUCCCUUUCCAGUCGCCAAAUGCCCACCCACCCUUUUGACGACUUCUCCUCCUACGAAGAAUACGACGACCACCACCAGCACCAACACCUUCACCACCUUCCUGGACAUAUCGUCCCUGUUCCCGUCACCUCUGGGCAGACUCCGAGCCAAGGCGCUGCCAAGGGAUUGCAUUACAAAGAACGAAGCGGCACCCCUGACCCAUUCUGCCCCUUCCCCCAGGAAGCGGAGGAAGUCCAGUUCAGGAUGGAUGACGACGAGGCUGUAGCGGGCGUGGAUGCCUUGACGGCGGACCGCGAUUCGUUUCUGGAGGCAGAUUUUCAACAAUGCCAACAGGCUUCAAGAGCUGGACUCUUGAGAAGCAAUUCGAUCAUCGCAGCCGAGAAGUUGAACGAGACUGGUCAUCAGCAAAAGCAGCAGGGGACGAUGACGCCUGUGAGUCUUUUGAGCCGUGAGGAGGAUGGCGGUGAUGGAGGGGUGAUGGGAUCGAUUGAUUUCUCGGCCCUGUCGAUCUCUGUUGGCGGGUUGAUGAUUAGCAGCGGUUUGGAGGAGGAGGAGGAGGAGGAGGAGGAAGUGGGGUCGUUGAGCUAUGCUGGUAUUGCCCGAUCUCAGAAGUAA